AUGAGACCUGCAGGAAACAUCCAGUCCCCUUCUCAUCACCAGCCACUCGCCCACAACACCAACCGUCAGACGUUUACCUACGACCUGCCAAAAGAUGAGGUUGAUUUAAAUGCUGAAGCCUACAACCCAAACUACUCCUACAAUAUACCAGAAGGCACUGGGGGAGAGGUGAAGCUGCCAGUUGAUAUCGACACUUUGCCAAUUUCAGCUCCAGCUCUUCCUCCAAGACCUUCAUUUAUGAGCUCACUGCCAGAGUACCUGGUACUGAUACCUUCAUCAACAUCUUCUCCUUCCUCCUCACAGAAAUCUUCUUCAGCUCCACCAUUUGCCCCAUCACCUACUGGAGCUGAAGAUAAGGGGCCUCUGCCUGGAAAUCCUAAUGUGGUCCUCGUCAGCUUAGGAAAAUUACUCUCAGAGGAAAGAAUGCAACACAUACAAGGGGAACCCACCUCCUGCUCCCAGUGUGGCUCUGUGCUGGACACAUGCUACGACAAUGUGGUUAAUGAGUGUUACUUCUGUCAGUCCUCGGAUUUGAGCAGCUCCCUCAGUACAUCACAGAGUUCCCCAAAUGGUUACCAGGAGGGCCUCUUUUUCCUCAACCCUAGUGAAAAGCAAAUGUGCAGAGGUGAUGCUCUGCUGCUCUUCUGCAUUGACAUCUCAGGCUCCAUGAGCAUCACCUCCCAGGUGACAGACGGAGAUAAUGUUGUUCACAAAUCCCGUCUCCAGUUUGUCCAGGAAGCUGUGCUACAGAGUGUCCAGAGGUUAAGUGAGCAACGACCUGACACAAGAGUGGGGAUCUUCACCUUCAACCAUCAGGUGACAAUGUAUGGAAAUGAGGAAGUCUCCUCACGGUGUCUGAGCGGCGCUGAGUUGAUGGACAGUAACUACCUGAAAGCCGCUGCAGCUAGUUUCCCUCGUCCGCUUCCACUUUCACGGACCAAGAGCUACUUAUACAGACAAGUCAUGGGAUUAUCUGCAAGUGGAACCACAGCUCUGGGUCCAACUGCUCUCCUCGCAAUUGCAACAGCCUCCAGAGAGCCAGGCUCAAAGGUAAUUAUCUGUACAGAUGGGAAGGCCAACACAGAGUUGGGAAAUCUAGAAGUGGAGGAUAAUGACGCUCGCACCCUCCUGUCAUCCACCAUCUUCUACCAGGAGCUGGGGGAAUAUGCUGCUAAUUGGGGUGUGACAGUGUCUGUGCUGUCCAUAGAAGGAACAGACUGCAGGCUGGAUGAGCUGGGAAGACUCGCUGAUCGAACGGGUGGGAAAGUGGUGAUUUCCAGUCCCAACAGGUUGCACCCAGAGUUUGAACAGAUUAUUGAAAACAGGACCAUAGCUACACACUGUACUGUAGCCCUACUGCUGCCCAAAUCACUGCGAAUGAUAGGAGAGAGGGAGGCGGGACACAAAGGCACCAGAGAGGUGGGGAAUGUGAACCCAGUUACAGAGCUCACCCUCCAGUUUGGAGCAAAUGAACAGAACUCAGAAGUGCCAGCACCAACUUCUGGCAGCCGUGUGUCCAUCCAGCUGCAGAUCAGGUACAGAAGGAGGAACGGACAGAGGAUGCUCAGAGUGUUAACCGCAGACCGAGAUGUUACUGAUGACAGCUCGACAGUCCUGUCCUCUCUGUCUGUGGCCAUCAUUCAGCUCAACUCGUCACAGGCCAGCGCCGCUCUGGCAAUCAGAGGCCGCUUUCUCGACGCCAGAGAGGAAGGAGAGCUGCAGAGGAAGCUUGUUGAGAGAGCAAUAGAGCGUAAUCGCAGUGCCGAGGACAAACAAAUAUACCAAGACUGGGUAAAAACCAUGGAGCCGAUAUACAACAACAUACAUAACUUCACAAGGAGAAAAUCCGUCAUUUCAGACUCACAGUCUCUAACAGAUGCUGGUGCAGCGCUGCUCUACAACAUGAAGCACAGCAAUAGAAAAUCCAUCUCACUGAAGAAUAAACAGAAACUCUAGCCAACAGUCUCCCUCCGCCUUUCACCUCACUGGAAGCAGCUCAAGUCAUAAAUGUCGAUGCUUAAUGAUGCAGUUAGGCCCUGAUUAUCUGGUUGAAUUAAUGUCACUGAAAUAUUUCACAAUGUAAAUAUUAUAUAAAAGUAAAUUGCACAA